AUGGCAUCGACAUGCCUCGAAGUCCCAGGUGAGACCCGACUGCAGGCCAUGCUGGGCCGCUCGCUGUCCGGGCGGCGCUUGCCCGUGCUGAAGGGUCGCGGGAUCGAUGCCGCACCGGAACCAUCGCGGGAAGCGUUGCCGCAAGGCCGGGAUGCUGGGAGCACGGCAGGCUGGAUCAGAGUGGAGUCUCGUUCCAAGCCGGGCACUUUUUACUAUGCACACCCUGCCACCAAGCGGACGCAGAUGGAACGUCCCGUUGACCCGCGGCGCUCCAGUCAAUCUGUGGCAGCGCCAGCCGUGGCGCCAGCUGCACGAAAGGCGGCUGAGCCAGCUGUGGUGCCCGUUGACGAUGUCGAAACAGCCGAAGAGAAGCAGAAGCGUGAAGAAGCGCGGAGAGCCGAAGAGAAAGCUAGGGAAGAAGAGGAAGAGAGAGAACGACAGGAAGUUCUAAUGCGAGCUCGUCAGCGCCGAGCCCAAGAGCGUUUGGAGGAGGAGCGACGUCGAAAGGAGGAAGAGGAGAAGGAGGAGGCCAGUGCCCAGCUGAUGGAAGAGCGCUUGAAGGUGGCACAAAGAAGAAAAGACAAGAAACAGAAGCAGGAAGAAGAAAAGCAAAAGGCCGAAUCCGAACGGCUUCAAAAGGAAGCUGAACAGCGAGCGGAGGAGGGUGCAGGGCCAGCACCCGUGGAAUUGGGAAGGCGUUCAGAUGCCAAGCAUAAUGAGGCCAAGUGGAAGAAGGAAGCUUCAGAUGAGGAGGAAGAAAUCACCCAAGAAGACCUGGAGAAGUGGAAGGAAGACGAGGAGAGACAUGAACGAGAAGAAGCAGAAGCAAAGCGCAGAAAGAUUGAGGAGGAAGAACGCAGAAAGCGUGAGGCAGAAUUGGAAGAGCAACGAAAAAAGGCGGAGUUCGCUGCCGCCGUGGAGCGUGCCCGGCGAAUGAAGAUUGAAACGGACCGCCAGAAGCAGGAGGAGCUCCGGAAGAGCCGCACGAGUCCCUCCCCGUCCCCCGCGCGUGCUGCGCCCGCCGAGUUGCCUCUGGCGGCGCCGGCGCCCGUGGGGCCGGCGGGGCCAGCGGCACCGCUGCUGCCGCCGAAGCUUGACAUGCCUUCGAUAGCGUCGAUGAGUGUCCUCCAGCAAACUUUCGCGCCACAGCAGCCCAUGGUGGUUCCACCACCGCCACCACCGCCGAAGCCGGCCCCGACACCACCGACAUUGGCAAAUCUUCUGAGUGGAGCUGUUGCUAAGCCAGACUUUGGGUCCCUGCUGAAGACGCAAGAUGCAGCGCAAGAUGCAGCACAAGCCGGGGGCAGUGGUGCCAAUGGCACGGACACGGGCCCGCACAUUGGAACCAUCCUUUGGUACAACGGUCGGCGAAAAUCUGGUAUUUUACUUGCUGACAGGGACCGCAGCCAGCACAGAAUCAGUGCCCUCUCGGUGAACACGGGAAACCUGUCACCGCCUGUACCCGCUGGCUUGAUGCAUGGCACACGCGUCAGCUACAUUCUGGAUGGGGCGGCUGGUAAUGGUGGCCUGCCCAUGACCUGUAUGGACGUGCGGCCGCUGCCUGGGCAAUCGGGUCUAAGCUGCGGGGGCGACAGUCAACAGGGCCCACGCUUGGCGAAUGAAGAUCGGACCAUCGCGACGGAUUUGCAGGACAGCCUGGGCCACAUGGUCGGCAUUUUCGAUGGCCACCGCGGCACCUUCUGCGCUGAUUACUUGGCGCAGGAGGUGCCCAAGAUGAUGGUGCAAGGCGUAAGGGAUGCCUUCUUCCAACGACUGGGAUCAUCCAACAUGGAUGCCUUGAGUGUCUUGGAAGAGGUGGAGCUCAUUAAGUCCGGCAUCCUGGCAGGACUAGAGGCCACAGAUCAGAACUUCCUGCGGCUCGCGCAGCAGUACGGCUUCAAAGAUGGGGCGUCUGCCAUCAUCGCAGUGGUGAUGCAUGGUUUUCAGAUUUCCAAUGCCAGCACCAUGCCGACUGUGCCGACUGCCCCAGGAGGACAAUCCAAGCUCUUUGCAGCCUGGUCUGGCACUGGGCAUGCCUUGUUGCUGCGAGGGCGCCAGGUGAUUCGUUGCAGCGAGGACCACGUGUGCAACAGAGAAGAGGAGAGAAGGCGUCUAUCCAAUGCAGGCUGUCAGCUCAUUCAGGAUCUUCGGGGCGUGUGGUGGAUGGGCCGUCCUGGAAAUCCUGAACUGGCCUGGGCACGGCAGCAAUGCUACGAAGAUGUGGCGGGGCCCAAGUCCUUCUUGGCAGCCUCCAGGGGCUUUGGAGAUCUGCUUCUGAAGGGACCGCCUUACCCUGUGCUUUCCGCCAGCCCCGAAGUUCAGGUCAUUGAUCUGUGCCCGGAGGAUUGGGCUGUUGUCAUUGCCACCCGCGGUGUUUUUGCCGUUCUCAGUGAUCAGGAUGUGGCCAAUGCCUGCUGGGAUGUCAUGGCACAGAAUGGUGCGGGGCCGCAAGAGGCUGCUCAGGUGGUCACCCAGAGGGCCUUGCAGUUGGGGGCUAAAACGAACCUCACCUGCAUCGUGAUGAAGUUGGGAUGGACGAAGCCUCCGCUUUAG